UAAUUCUGAAGAGGCUAAAGCCACGCUAAAUUCCCUGGUCUAGUGGGUUCCCGUCUUCCAGAUCUCAGUCUCCGGUUGUGCGAGGUCGCAGCAGCUUGACGAGGAUAAUAAAAGCAACCGCCGUCCCGCCGCCCAAUUCACCACCAAGUGCUUUCCAACUAACGAUUCGAACACGAGAGCAAGCAACAUGUCUUCCGACAAGCCUCUCGGUUUCCAAUGGCAGUUCGCCGCCGGCGCCAUUGCCGGCGUGUCCGAGAUUCUGGUCAUGUACCCAUUAGAUGUCGUCAAGAGUCGACUGCAGUUGCAAAGCGGCAAGGGAGCUGGCGCUGACGGUUAUACCGGCAUGGUAGACUGUUUCCAAAAGAUAGUUCGCAAUGAAGGGUUUUCAAGGCUUUAUCGUGGAAUUACCGCUCCCAUCUUAAUGGAGGCGCCGAAGCGUGCCACCAAGUUCGCCGCCAACGACGAAUGGGGAAAAUUUUAUAGAAAAGCUUUUGGUGCCGAAAAGAUGACACAGCAACUGUCUAUUCUUACUGGCGCUUCUGCUGGAGCUACCGAAUCUUUCGUGGUCGUUCCGUUUGAACUAGUCAAGUUGCGGUUACAGAGUAAAGAGUCCGCUGGACAGUACAAGGGCGCUCUUGAUGUCGUGUCCAAGGUUAUCAAGAACGAGGGUGUCCUGGCUUUAUACAAUGGUCUGGAGAGUACUAUGUGGCGCCAUAUCUUAUGGAACGCAGGCUACUUUGGCUGCAUUUUUCAAGUCCGCGAGCUCCUCCCCAAGGCGGAGACGAAGAGCAGCAAGAUCACCAAUGACAUUAUCGCCGGUACCAUUGGUGGUACGGUGGGUACAAUACUGAAUACACCCAUGGACGUCGUCAAGUCCCGUAUUCAGAACACUCCCAAAACCGCCGGCACCAUUCCCAAGUACAACUGGGCCUGGCCCGCAUGCGGCCUGGUCAUAAAAGAGGAAGGAUUCGGCGCCCUGUACAAGGGCUUCCUGCCCAAGGUGCUGAGGCUUGGCCCUGGCGGUGGUAUUCUUCUGGUUGUGUUUACAGGUGUUAUGGACUUCUUCCGAACCCUGCAAAAGUAAAACAAAGAUAUCCAUAGAAUGGACCAAGGCCAAGAAAACAUUUCAAUCACGCUCGAUACCCUAGUUGGAGAUGAGAGAUUAUAGAGACAUCACAAGACGUUGGAAAGGAUGCCGAAUGAGAGACUUGGCAUAGCUAGGAUUUCCAAUACACAAUCUAGAGUAGAUAGUAGAUGAGUAGAGAUACUAUAAAUAUCAUGUUCUAGUUCAUUCAUAUUUCGGUCCUACCAAUCACCAUUCUGGUUCCGCGUGCCGGUGAUGAAGGGUGAAGAGCAACGUUCGGUUCGGAGUACGGUCACCUGGAUGAGCAUUUUACCUUCAUUGCUACGUCUCGUAUAUGAUAUUUCUAAUAUAAUCAGUGGCUACCCCACAAUGGCUUGCAGCAGUACGGCAAACAGCAUGUGGGCUCUCCAGCUCUCCAGCUUUCCGUGGGACCGGGAG